AAAUGACGGUCAAAGCUGUAAAAAUGCCGUGCACGGCUCCCAAUGUUUAUACUAAAGUGCCUGAUGGAGGAUGGGGUUGGACGGUUGCUUUUGCUUUCUUCUUUGUGGAAGCUCUAACGUACGGCAUUAUAAAAUCGUUCGGUGUCUUCUUUAAUGACCUGAUGGAAAGCUUUGAUGAAACCAACAGCAGGAUAUCAUGGAUCAUAUCCAUAUGUGUGUUUGUACAGUCCUUCACAGCUCCGCUGUCAACAGUCCUCAGCAAUCGGUUCGGUCACCGCUUGGUGGUGAUGGCCGGGGGGGUGCUGAUCAGCACCGGCAUGGUCACUGCCUCCUUCGCCCGCACUGUUGUGGACAUGUACGUCACCAUCGGUGUCAUCUCUGGCCUUGGAUACUGCCUCUCUUUCCUCCCGACUGUCACCAUUUUAUCACAGUAUUUUGACAAAAGACGCUCGCUGGUCACAGCAGUGGCAUCCACAGGGGAAUGUUUUGCUGUUUUCUCCUUCGCACCAGCAAUUACUGGUCUGAAGGAGCAGAUCGGCUGGAGAUACAGCCUCCUUUCUGUCGGGGUGCUUCAGCUCAGCAUCGUCGUCUGCGGAUCACUGCUGCGACCCAUUAUCAUCAAAGAGCAAGAAGAAGUGAAAGCGCAGCCUCCUGAAGAGCCCGCGGAGACAAAGUACAUGCUUGAAAACGAGCAAACACGCACCUCAAUAGAGUCCAUAGACUCAGGAGUAGAAAUAACUACCUCACCCAGCAAUGUGCCUGGAAACGCCAAAGCAGAGCCGAAAAGUGAAGAACCAAAGGAACAUGUGCAGAUACUUGUUGAAAAUAACACCACCCCUCCAGAACCAAAAACCAAUCUACUGGACUUCUCUGUGAUGAGAGACUGUAGCUUUAUCUUUUACGCAUUCUUUGGGCUGUUCGCUACCCUGGGCUUCUUCGCUCCCUCCCUCUACAUCAUUCCCCUGAGUCUCAGCCUUGGCAUCAGCAAAGACCACUCGGCGUACAUCCUGUCGGCCAUGGCGAUCGCAGAGGUCUUCGGGAGAAUUUCAGCCGGCUGGGUCCUCAACAAAAAGCCCAUCCGCAAGAUCUACAUCGAACUCAUCUGCGUUGUUCUGCUGUCUGUAGCGCUGUUUGCCUUCCCUUUUGCCUCCGAGUUCUGGGGCUUGAUGACAUGUAGCAUAUUUUUUGGGUUCAUGCUCGGGACGGUAGCGGGCACGCAUAUUCCCCUCCUGGCAGAAGACGAUGUGGUCGGCAUCGCGAAGAUGUCUUCUGCAGCUGGAGUCUACGUCUUCAUUCAGAGCUUAGCUGGGUUGGCUGGACCACCCCUUGCAGGUGUCUUAGUGGAUACAACACAGAACUACAGCUCAGCCUUUUACUCCUGUGCUGCUGGCAUGGUCCUGGGUGCUGUGUUUCUGUCCCUGGUGAGACCGUGCAAGGCUGGGCUGUGCCAGCGCCAGCGGCAGCACGUGGAGGAGAGCGCGGCGGAGGUCGUACCAGACUUUCCAGAUGACUUUAUUGAAAUGGAUAUUGGAAAAGCAGAAACUUCAGGAAAAGGUUCUGAAAGCAUGGCAUAA